GUCAGAUUAGUAUUAUCUUACCGGUUGCAGACUUUAUAAAGCACAGCCAUCGUAAUGUUCUAUCUUGUAACAAGUUUUCCGCUGAGCGAGCAACAGCCACAGAGAUGAAGCUGCAAACUCUUGAAGUACAAGACCUGCGCCAACUGCAGGCGCUCUACAGGCGGGAGUGGCCCAAGUAUUGCCAGGAGUUUUAUAGUCUGAAGAACAUGAUCUCAUUCCUGAAGUUCGAUCCGGAGAUAAAGCAUCUGAAGGCCUACACCCUGCCAGAUAAAACGGCACAGGAGCUGGGUCUCUAUCUAAUUGUGGAUCGCUAUCAAGUGCUUAUGGGUUGCCUGGGUGAAUCGUUCGAUUUGCUGAAACAGGCCUUGCAUCUGCUGGACUGGUCCAAUGGCAUCCAAUGCACCACUAUGCCUAAGCGAUAUUUGGAACCUGUGCUACAAGUGGUCGUGGAGAAGCAGCUCGAAAUCGAACUUCAGUUCUGUAGUAUCCUGCACCAACUGCCAGCCAAACAGGCACUGCAGUUCGACAUAGACUGCCCAAAAGGCUUUUAUCUGAAAUCGUUGGCCGAACGGGAUGCUCGCAUCAUUGAUCAGGAGUGGCCUUAUAGCCAGGAGGGUUCCUUGUACUUCAUACAGCGCCAGAUACGCAUGUGUCAGAGCAUGGGCCUCUAUGAGGACGACACUCAUAAUCUGGUGGCUUGGUGCAUCAGAACACAAGAUGGCCUCCUGGGCGCCUUGCAGGUGCGGGUAUCGCACAAACGCCGCGGCUUCGGCAAUCUUAUAGUCCGGGCCCUUGCUCGCCGCAUUGCCGAGGCGGGAGAUGAUGUGAUCGCCGAAGUCAGCGUCACGAACACAGCCUCUCUACAUCUAUUCAAUAAGCUGGGCUUUCAAAAAAUCGAUUAUUGCAAUUGGGUAAUCACUCUGCCUGUCAAUGGCAGCUUCACCUGGCCAAAGGGCGAGUGACUCCUAGGGAAUGCUUUGCAGUGACUUUUGGGAGAUAUUGAAAAAGGCUUCUUCAUUAGAUUAGGCAUUGAUGGAUAUUCGCAUAUUUUUUGUAUAAAUAUCUACAAAUAAUUGAAGAGGUUUUGAGAAGUUAUCUCAAUAUAAAUAACUAUUCAUAUAUUUUAAGUUUUGUAUUGUAUAAUGCCUUUUUAUUUUAUUAUUAUUAUUGCUAAAAAUGUUUACCUAUGUUAUACUUUAUCUGAUAGUCAACUGUAAACUUGAAUUUUUCAGCAAUGAUAAUACCAUGUCAGCAAGCAUUCAACCAUAUUAAAUAACUGUUUCUACUAAAUACAACCAAACAGUAAACAAUUUUUUAACGGUUUAA